CCUCUCUCUCCCCGGCCAGUCCUCCUCUCUCCAUCCACUGAAAAGCUCUUAACUUUGCGCAUGUACGACCAAACUGAACAUUGCAUCGACUCCAAGAUGGCGUUAACACGUCUGGCUUGCAUUCUGGUCCUGCUCUCAACUCACUGCUACUUCAACGUAUUGGCAGUAAUACUGAAAACAACGAAUGAUGCGCCAUGGGCCAACGAGUUUGAAUCUAUCGAAUUGUCCUGUUUGAUAGAGUCCAUCUCCACAAAAAACCCAAGAAUCGAAUGGAAGAAAAUUAAGGAUGGGGAGCCCAGUUAUGUCUACUUUGAGAAGAAAAUCUCAGGAGAUUUGGAGGGCAGAGCAAUGAUCAGAGAGCCUGCGACAUUGGUGAUAACCAACGCCACAAGAUCAGACUCAGCCAGUUACCGUUGCGAGGUCAGCGCCCAGACUGACCUUAAAUCCUUUGAUGAGAUUUUGAUCAACCUCGUCGUAAGAGUGAAGCCAGUGGUGCCGAAAUGUGCUGUCCCCAAAUCGGUGCCUGUAGGGAUGGCGGCAGAGCUGCGAUGCGUGGAGGAUCAAGGUUUCCCCAAGUCUCAGUACCAAUGGUUCCGCAACAAGGAGGAAAUCCCAGAUGACCCCAAGACCAGCCCUAAGUUCAUCAACUCCUCCUACACGCUCAAUGCCGAAACAGGCACCCUGAAAUUCAGUGCUGUCAGAAUGAACGACUCAGCAGAGUACUUCUGCCGAGCAAAGAACGACGCGGGCCACUCAGAGUGUGGACCGCAGACAAUGGAAAUCUAUGAUAUCAAUAUCGCCAGGAUCAUCCUGGGAGUGCUGGUGGUGGUGCUAUUGUGCAUAACAGUGGGCCUCUGCUUUGCGUACAAGCGUGGCUACUUCGCCAGCCAGAAACAGACUGGAAACAAUUACAAAGCACCAGCCAAAGGAGAAGGAGUGGACUACGUCAGAGCCGAGGACGAGGGAGACUUCCGACACAAAUCUUCGUUUGUCAUCUGAAGAGAAAGACGAAGGGCAUGGAAGUGAAAGGUGUGGUACUUUGGACAGAACUCAUUAAGUGUGUGAGAUGACCAGUGAGCUGACACAGUACGUGCCUUGAGCUCUCAGCAUGUCUGAAAUGAUUCAAGUUUGCCAAAGAUGACAAGUUUUCACAUCUAUAUAGAACUGUUAACCAUUGUUACAGACAAGUUUUCACAUCUAUAUAGAACUGUUAACCAUUGUUACAGACAAGUUUUGAAACCAACUUGUUGACUGCUUUCAUCACCAAUCAACUUAUUUUGCUAAAUUAUGGAGUUAAGUUAGUUAUUGCAUGUUUUAAAAGGUAUUUAACAUCAUCUGCGGGGGGGACAUUUAUGUAGGAUCUUCUGCUAGGAGGGAAAAAAGUAUUUAGCUCUGAAGUUCUGAAGUAAAUCUAACAUAACACAUUUCUACUGUAAACAUUUGCUUCAAAAACCUUUGUCAUUUAUAGCUUUUUUUUUCUACCAGCAAAAUGUCAGACUAUUUUUGAUGGAAUAUAUUUUGAAACGCCUAUAGAUAAAGGUUUACUUUUUUAAAUAUUUGUAAAAUACUAACCGUUUUUUUUAUUUUGUUUUGGGAAAAAUAGUUUCAACCCCUCAAUAUUCAGCUGUAAACAGUCACCUUUCCUGAUCAUGAAAAACAAAAUGUAAUUACAAAACCUAGCAUAUCAAGGUUUUCCUCUAGAAUGGUCUUAGAUAUUUAUUUACUGCUGGGAUUUCCAUGUUAAUAUUGAAAGAAAGUUACAUGUUGAUGUUUGUAUUGUAGAUAUAGUCUUAGACAGUAGGAGGCUUCAAAGAGUACCAGCCCAAAGCUAGGAAACACUGUACACAAUCAGUGGUGCAUAUCCUUGAUUUUAAGUGUCCUUCUGUGCUUUCUGUUUAUCUUGUAUAUUUUGAAUAUACUGUCCAGGUUGGGUUUUUUGCUGUAUGUGAGGAAUAUGUUCAGUAUUUGUAAUAAUACAGGGUUGAUGUUGGCUAACAAUUGUACUGAUUGUAUAUAGAUAAUAGUUUGUUCCCUCCCACCCCCACCAAUCGAGACUAUGGUGAAAAACAUUGGAGAAUAAUCAGAUAUAAAACUACCAAAAGGAGGCAAUAUGAAACUCUUUCCAUGGUUUGAAAAAGACAUGGUCAUGGUAGAGCUGAUCUGCCUAAUGUUUACACAUAGGAAGAUAUCAAUACUGUUCAAUCAUCUCUACUCCAGGCAAAAAUAACUGAAAACUGAAUUUGAAAUAGAAAAUUGAAGUAAACGACUUAGACAAAUGGUAUUUGACAUUUUCCCAAAUUCAUUUCAGACAUUUCCAAGAGUUACAAAACAUUCUGAGAUACAUACACAACAAUUGCCUGAUACACAAAUAGUUUUUCACAAAACAGGUACUGAAGUUUUUCAUUUGUACAUUGAUAAAGAUCAUUCCUUUUAAAGUGCCUUCUGCCAUUACAACAAUAGAUCAGCUUCAACACUUUUUUUUAAACAAAAACUUAAAUAGCAUUUUUAACUCUACAAACAGCGUUUGAGAGGAAUGAUGACAUUGCCACCUAUUCUUAAGGCAUAGUGUAACAUUUUCCCACCCAAAUAAUUUGUACAUAUCUGCUUUGCUUUGUAAAUAGAUUCUCGUUUUACAUUCUUUGAAGGAUUAAACUCAUUUCCAUUGGAGUAGAAAUAGAGAUGUAUUAGUGCCUAAAUAUAGUGGGAAUUAUUUUUGGUAAAGAGUAAAGACACAGCACUAGUACACAAACAGAACAUAUACAAAGUUUAACAGACUAAAUGGAUGGAGAAACACAAAAGCAUGUGGCCUACAUUUACCAUAAAGCCAGAAAACACCUGCAACUUCCAAGGCAUUGAAAAUAGAUGUUAUUUACAAGCCCUUUCUUUAAAAACUACAAUUUAGUUGUAAAUACACAGUGAAAGAUGUAUUCCAAUACAUGUUCUGUGGUUGGGGCUAGCUAAGCCAAAUACUAACUGCCAAUCACGUUUCCUCCAAUCCAAAGAUCAUGAAAAUCAGUGUGUUGAAAAUCUUCCUCUAAUUUCUCCAAUGCUGGAGGUUGGCAUUGAAGUCAUGUCAAGGUUCAAGCUUUUCAAGUGUUCACAUGUUUAAUUUAUUGAUGACAUUUUCUGAACCAAACUCAUGUAACACCCAUCUCAGGCCAGGUACAAAUCCUCUGAGAAUUCUUAAACCGUAUGUCUAUGAAUAAUAAAACUCACUUCUAAUAUUC